GUCACCCAUUGUGACGGGUACGUCUGUGUGUGGCAUUAAAUACAACGGUGGUGUGAUUAUUGCUGCAGAUACAUUGGGCUCAUAUGGUUCACUGGCGCGUUUCCGUUCCGUUUCGCGUAUCAUCAGAGUGAACGACCGAACGAUUGUGGGCGGCAGUGGUGACUAUGCAGACUUUCAAUUCAUCAAAGAGGAUCUGGAAGAACUUCAGUUAGAGAACGAUGAGGUUGCCGAUGGACACAGUCUGUCGCCCAAGGCGAUACACUCAUAUAUUGGCAGAGUCAUGUAUGGCCGCCGCUCCAAGAUGAACCCACUAUGGAACUCACUCGUCGUGGCCGGUGUCGACAAAGACGGAGACGUGUAA